GAAUGUCGUUACUUGGACAACCUUUCCACCUCCGUCUCCAAUCUGGAGGGAGAAGGUUCCUGCACAACGGGCCUCGAUGGGGCUAGUGCUUCCGUGGAUGAUGUACCAGCUGGCGCUUGUGCAUCCGAUUCGGCUUCUUGUGCCGUGGAUGAAUCUGGCCCCAGUGGAUCUCGAUUCCGUGCUGGUCUGACUCUGGUCGAUUUAGCCAUUCGCUGUGGUCGAACCGAUCUAGUCAAUCUGUUCAUCGCUCUCAGUGGUCUCCAGGCGACCAGUGCUGCGGUUUCCCUAACGCCUCCAGUCAAAAUCCAAUCCGCACGUGGUUCGCUAGGCUCGGGAGCGACGACAUCUGAUCCGCGGUCUAGUACGAUGUCUCGACGUGCUUCAGCAAACCUGAUCCAUCCAUCUUUACAACAGAUAAUUACACGAGCUCCAAGUCUUCUGAACAAACAUGGAGUGACCCGAAGCAAAUGGAUGCCGUGUCAGGCCAGUCCGGUCGUCGCACGGGAAUUGCGAGCUGCAUUGGCCUCCUCAAUUAAACAUCCACCCACCGGAGACUUUCCAUGUGCAUUUAUCAACGAAUGGGGCACGUUUGCUUUACCGCACGCAGUCGGCAAACUUCCGGCUCCUGUCAAAUACUUGCUCUUGUCGGAGUUGUGUGAUACUCAAGCGCAAUCAGAAUUGGAAGAGGAUGCAAAAGCGAUCAAUUGGUGGUUCAUACCGGGUCAAAAACAAGCCAGUCGUCUAUUCGCAUUAUGGAAUCGUACGGCCGGAGAUUGUUUGUUGGACAGUGUGCUUCAGGUAGGCUACGUGAAUCGUCACCCGCAACAAACCUUCGCUGGUUUGAUCGGUCUUCAUCUGGGUUUAAGAUUUCCAACUGGGUUCCAUUACCCUACGUUCUUGUCUCUCCGAUGUAUGAACAUGCAACUUCCGGCUGAGUUGAAUUAUUCACAACAGCAGAGCAUAGGUGGUGCUUUGGAACAGAUUCACAUCUUUGCUCUGAGUCACAUUUUGCGACGUCCGAUCAUUGUGUACGGGGUCAAAUACAUCAAAAACUAUCGAGACGAACCGAUCGGUAUUGCCAAUUUUCAAGGUAUCUACAUCCCUUUGCUAUGGGAUCGCAGUUUUUGCUCUCCAAAUCCCAUUGUUCUGGGCUAUACUCGGGGUCAUUUUACCGCAUUGGUUCCAAUGGAACCACAACCACUGGGAUCAGGACUGGAGCCACAAUUCAGUCCCAGCAUCCAAUCGUCACCGUACGCUUCACCACGUCCAGCUGUUCCUGGUGGCGGUGGCGGCGGGGGUGCAACCGCACCAUCCUCCGUCCGUCUGAUGAUCAUCAUCAUCAUCAGUUGGCUACUAGUUCGGAUGUGNCUAAAUAUGGCAGAGAAUAUCCUCUCGUCCGGUCCCGGUUCGCACAAUCUGCCCGGUCUCGGUAGCGGUGUUGGGGUAGCACACAAUGCGUUCAUCUAUUUGCCCCUUGUGGAUCGUCAAGGCGGUCUGCUCCCGGUACAUUUUACCACGGAGAAAGAAGCUAAUUUGUCACAUAUCCUAUUACGCGACUGGCUGGAUGUUGUUUCGACUCGGCGCGGUCUUCCACUGGCUCGUCUACGUCUUCAGCCUCGUCAUAUGCUAGUCGAUCGUAUGAUGGAUGAUUGGCUUGAGUCCUAUCGAUCACUGGCCAAAUUAUCUGUACCUUCGGGCUCGUCCACUUCGUCAUCAUCAUCGCCGUCGUCAUCAACAACGGGCACACUAAAUCCGUGUCAGUCUGUCCGAGACACCCCCGGUGUUUCCACCGGACCAGAUCCGAACUCGUCCGCCUCCUCGUCAUCUGCAACUUCACUUGUCUCCUCAGCCUCAUCUGCGGAACUCUGUAACCGUACUGAUAUGCUGGAACCAUCUGUCGAGAACAGAUCCGAUCCGAUCCCCUAA